UAGAAAAAAAGAAAGAGAGAAUGGUGAAACUACUAGUGCUUAGCGAAAAAUCCAUUUUCUGCUAAUAAGAAUCUUUUUAUCGUGUCGCGGCAGUGAUAAUUCAUUGUCUCAUAUUCUUCGCUACACCAAAGCGAUCGAUUUUCUACCGUGAUAAGUGGAUUGCGUGCGUUAUCACAAUUUUUCCAAGGUUAUAACUCGAGUGAGCAGUUCCCGUCCUGCUUCCCUGCGGUGCAUUCUAUAGAAAUUUUCGCUACUAUCCCGUGCUCAGAGGAGAUAAAACAGAAUCUCUUACGUUAUUGGUAAAAUUGCAAUGGUCAGUGAAUGAUUUUCGAAGAAACGUUGCUAAAACAAUUUGCACGUAAUGUGCGAAUGGCACCUAUUGCAGAAUGAUCAUUCAAAUGCAAUUCAAUACAGUGAAAAAACAAUAACUUUUAUUUAAAAGUGAGUAUACGAUUCAUCCGGUCUGCCUAGGAAUCCAUAGGUUACCUGGUACAAAACUAUGCCAACACCUAGUAAUACCAUCAGUAGCAGCAGUAUCAAAACGAAAGAAAUGUUUAUCGUCCGUGCCCUGGAGAAGAUUCUCAGUGAUAAGGACAUCAAACGGUCCCAUCAUUCGCAACUCAAACGAGCCUGCGAUGCGGCGCUGGAGGACAUCAAGGUAGAGCUGAAGGAGGCUGGCCAGAGCGAGCAGAAUGGAGAAGUUACGGUUUCAUCGGCUGCUCUGCCGCUACCGAAGAGUGAUUCGGCCAACAUCAUCAAUGCCGAGAAGUACUUCCUACCAUUCGAGUUGGCCUGCCAGAGUAAGACACCACGGAUCGUAGUGACAGCGCUGGACUGUUUGCAGAAAUUGAUCGCCUAUGGGCACUUGACGGGCAAUAUUCCGGAUUCUUCGAAUCCGGGAAAAUUUCUGAUCGACCGAAUUGUAACUACGAUUUGCAACUGCUUCAUGGGUCCCCAAACGGACGAAGGAGUACAGUUGCAGAUUAUUAAGGCGCUGUUGACGGUGGUUACCUCACAGUACGUGGAAGUGCACGAGGGCACCGUUCUGCAAGGUGUCCGAACCUGCUACGAUAUCUAUCUAUCGAGUAAGAAUCUGAUUAAUCAAACCACCGCGAGGGCAACUUUGACACAGAUGUUAAACGUAAUUUUCACACGAAUGGAAAAUCAAGCGUACGAGUAUCUAGCCAAUGGAACGAUAGUCUCCUCGGUUGGGACAGCAAGUGUUGGACAGGAUGAAUCAGCUGAAAAAUCGACAGUUGAGGUUGUGGAAGAAAAACAUCCGGAUUAUGACAUGGUACGGGCAAUCGUUGAUGAGAUGGUGGACAAUGUGAUAGCCGUCGCCACUGCUGCAGUAACUGCGGAAGAAGUAAGCAGACAAACGUCCUUGAAUCCCGAAGGUGAACUCGAUACUAAUAGCAUCGGAGGUGUUUCCGUUGGAGGGACGGACAGUGCUUCAAUCGCUAGAGUUCCGUCACAGGAAAGUAUGGAAGUAGCUAGUGAAAAUGACAGCAUCGUAACGGCAAAGUUUACACACAUUCUACAAAAGGAUGCGUUUCUGGUAUUUAGAGCUCUCUGCAAACUUUCGAUGAAACCACUUCCGGAUGGACAUCCCGAUCCGAAGUCGCACGAGCUACGUUCAAAGAUUCUAUCGUUGCAUCUAUUGUUGUCGAUCCUGCAGAACGCGGGACCAGUGUUUCGUUCCAAUGAAAUGUUCAUUAUGGCGAUCAAACAGUACUUGUGUGUGGCUUUAUCAAAGAACGGUGGCAGUUCUGUGCCGGAGGUAUUCGAAUUGUCUCUUUCGAUAUUUGUGGCACUCUUGUCCAAUUUCAAGACCCAUUUGAAGAAACAGAUAGAAGUGUUUUUCAAGGAAAUUUUCCUCAACAUCUUGGAAGCAACCAGUUCAUCGUUCGAACACAAAUGGAUGGUCAUACAGGCGUUGACCAGAAUUUGCGCCGAUGCUCAGAGUGUAGUGGAUAUCUACGUUAAUUACGAUUGUGAUUUUUCGGCUGCCAAUCUUUUCGAGCGAUUGGUCAAUGAUCUGUCGAAGAUUGCUCAGGGAAGACAGGCGUUGGAGCUGGGCACAUCGGUGAAUCAGGAGAAAUCCAUGCGAAUUCGUGGACUAGAGUGUGUGGUUUCGAUACUGAAAUGUAUGGUAGAGUGGAGCAAGGAUUUGUAUGUGAAUCCGAACUCGCAAACCACUCUGGGGGAUCCUCCACCACCACCAGCGAUUAUCGGUGUCUCCAGGAGCUCUGAGGAAGUGCACGAUCCUUUCAAGUCACACGGAGGGUCGAGUUUAAGCAUCAAUUCUGUCGAGAGCACCAAUACUUCUGGUGGAAAUCGAGAGGUAUUGGAUCUUCCUGAAGAAUUGGAAGAACGAAAACAGAGGAAGGAAGUUAUGGAAACUGGGAUCGAUAUGUUUAACCGGAAACCGAAGAAAGGAAUACAGUUCCUGCAGGAAAGAUCUCUGUUGGGGGUAACGGUUGAAGACGUAGCCAAGUGGCUACACGACGAAGAAAGACUGGACAAAACCCAGGUCGGGGAUUAUUUGGGCGAGAAUGACGAGCAAAGUAAGGCUGUGAUGUGCGCCUAUAUUGAUGAUAUGAACUUCUCCGAAUUGGACAUCGUAGCAGCGCUGCGAUACUUUCUGGAAGGCUUCCGUCUUCCAGGAGAGGCACAAAAGAUUGAUCGGUUGAUGGAGAAGUUUGCCAGCAGAUACUGUGAUUGUAAUCCGAAUAACACUUUGUUCGCAUCAGCUGACACGGUUUACGUGCUGGCGUUUUCAGUGAUCAUGCUUACCACGGAUCUUCAUUCUCCCCAGGUGAAACACAAAAUGACUAAAGAACAGUACAUCAAAAUGAACCGAGGCAUUAGCGAUAAUAAGGACCUUCCCGAAGAGUACCUUUCUCAGAUCUACGAUGAAAUAGCUGGGCACGAGAUUAAAAUGAAGAACACAAUAGCCAGCAAACCUGGCAAGCAGAUCAUUGUUAACGAGAAGAAGCGUAAGUUGCUGUGGAACGUUGAAAUGGAGGCUCUCUCAACGACGGCUAAAAAUUUAAUGGAAUCGGUUUCGCACGUGAAAGCCCCCUUUACAUCAGCCAAACAUUUAGAACACGUCAGACCUAUGUUCAAGAUGGCCUGGACUUCGUUUCUGGCGGCAUUCUCGGUCGGUUUGCAGGAUUGUGAUGAUCAGGAAAUUGCUAGUCUCUGUUUGGAUGGAAUUCGUUGUGCUAUUCGUAUCACUUGUAUUUUCCACAUGACACUGGAAAGAGACGCCUACGUCCAAGCGCUAGCUCGUUUCACUCUACUAACCGCAAAUUCGCCGAUUAAUGAGAUGAAGGCCAAAAAUAUCGAUACUAUUAAAACAUUAAUCAUGGUGGCUCACACCGAUGGAAACUAUCUUGGUUCCAGUUGGUUGGAUAUAGUGAAAUGCAUUUCUCACCUGGAGUUGGCUCAGCUUAUCGGAACUGGUGUCCGUCCGGAGUUCCUAUCAGGUUCGGCAUCGCAUCGGGACGCCCUAGAUCCGUCGGCUAAGGAACACAUUGGCGAGACCAGCUCUCAGAGCAUAGUAGUAGCUGUGGAUCGAAUUUUCACCGGUUCAAUCCGGUUAGAUGGAGAUGCAAUCGUAGAUUUCGUUAAAGCUUUGUGCCAAGUUUCGUUGGAUGAACUGACCCGUCCGCAACCGAGGAUGUUUUCCUUGCAGAAGAUUGUUGAAAUUUCAUACUACAACAUGGGCCGUAUCCGUUUGCAGUGGUCCAGGAUAUGGCAAAUUUUGGGCGAACACUUCAACGCCGUUGGUUGCAAUAGCAACGAGGAAAUAGCUUUCUUCGCUCUGGAUUCUCUUCGGCAGCUUUCGAUGAAGUUCAUCGAAAAGGGAGAGUUUACCAAUUUCCGCUUCCAGAAAGACUUUUUGCGGCCUUUUGAACACAUAAUGAAGAAAAACAGUUCUCCGGCAAUUCGUGAUAUGGUGGUGCGUUGCGUUGCACAAAUGGUCAACUCCCAGGCUCACAAUAUCAAAUCCGGUUGGAAAAACAUAUUCUCGGUAUUUCACCUGGCUGCCGGAGAUCACGAUGAAGCAAUCGUCGAAAUGGCCUUCCUUACGACUGGAAAAAUUAUUACUGAACUGUACCAAUCCCAGUUCCCCAUAAUGAUCGAUUCAUUCCAGGAUGCAGUCAAGUGUCUUUCGGAGUUUGCCUGCAAUGCCAAAUUUCCCGACACUAGCAUGGAAGCGAUACGACUGGUCAGAACGUGUGCUCUGUGCGUGAACGAUUCUCCGAACCUGUUUGCAGAGCAUGCCGGCAUGGAGAAUGACGUAUCCGUAUCGGAAGAGGACCGCGUGUGGGUACGUGGAUGGUUCCCGAUGCUGUUCUCACUUUCAUGCGUGGUGAAUCGAUGCAAGCUGGACGUUAGAACACGGGGCCUAACGGUUCUGUUCGAAAUCGUCAAAACCCACGGUGAUGCCUUCAAAGCCAACUGGUGGCGAGAUUUGUUUAACAUUCUGUUUAGAAUCUUUGAUAACAUGAAACUUCCCGAGCACCACACGGAAAAGGCCGAAUGGAUGACAACCACCUGCAACCAUGCGCUGUAUGCCAUCAUAGAUGUGUUUACUCAAUACUUCGACAUUCUCGGACCAAUGCUGCUGAAAGAUCUCUACUGUCAGUUGCACUGGUGCGUACAGCAGAACAAUGAACAGCUCGCUCGUUCUGGAACCAACUGCUUGGAGAAUCUGGUAAUCUCCAAUGGCCUAAAGUUCACCGAGGAAACAUGGGAUAAAACCUGCAAAUGUAUGUUGGACAUCUUCAACAGUACUCUCCCGAAUGAACUGCUUUAUUGGAAACCAGAUCCCAAUCCUCAAAGCUACCAAAACGCUCUUCAGUUUCCUCAAAACGGUGACAUCCCUCGACAUGGUAUCCUGAAACGGUCUCCAUCGCAACACUCCGUCUACAGCCAAUCGGAUUUGCAAGAACACACUCCGAAAGCAACGGAUGUAAACAACACAUCGGUACUGUUCUCCAACCUGUUAAUCAAGUGUGUCGUUCAGUUGGAACUUAUUCAAACGAUCGAUAACAUAAUCUUCUUUCCGGCCACCUCCCGGAAAGAGGACGCCGAAACACUUGCCCAAGCGGCAGCAGAACUGUCUUACAGUGGCGGAUCCAGCGUGGGAAGCAGUUCCGCUCUGAACCAUUCACAUUCUACUGAGGAAUGCCAACGGGAAGAACAGGGAAUGUACAGUUAUUUGAACACGCCUCAUCUGCUGCAACUGAUCGAUUGUCUUCUGCAAAGCCAUCGGUUUGCGAAAAAGUUCAACUCAAACCACGAACAGCGCAACUUGCUGUGGAAGGCAGGAUUCAAAGGUUCGCUGAAACCAAAUCUGCUGAAACAAGAAACACAAUCGCUGGCCUGUGUACUGCGGAUACUGUUCAAGAUGUACAGCGACGAAAGCCGCCGACGUGACUGGCAGGAUAUCGAGAAAAGACUGAUAGCAGUCUGCACGGAAGCUUUGGACUAUUUUCUACAGCUGCAAAGUGAACCGCACCGUGAUGCGUGGACAUCGCUUUUGCUGCUCGUCUUGACGCGGUUGUUGAAGAUGCCUGAUUCGAGGUUUGCCGCCCACAUAUCCAGCUACUACGUGCUUAUGUGUGAUCUGAUGUGUUUCGAUAUGAAACCGGAACUACGGACCGUCCUUCGGCGAGUAUUUCUGCGCAUCAGCCCGGUGUUCGGUAUCACCAGCCCUACCAGCACCGCCGGCAACAGUGCCACAUAGUAUCUGCGAAACCGUGGCGCUUUCAUGCUGACCAUUCCAACAGCAGCCCAUCAACAGCCGCUUCCAAAUCAAAAGUGUCCGUGCCGUGCCUAUUCACCAGUAGAUCAGUAGCAAGCUAAAACCCUUCUUAGUUAUAUCUGCAGUAUGGCCGCCGACAACGGAGAUUGUAGUCAUUUUUUGUAAAUAUAUUGCGGAUUCAACUGGUGGGCUACUACGGAUGCCGUUGGUGUGAAGCAAACAUUCAAGUAAAGAAAAUGUGGUUGUAGUCACUUGGUACUAUUCUUAUCUUUUGUCUGUGUUGAACAUGUUAUGUUAAUUGAGAAAUAAUUUUAGAGCAAUAUUUUUUUUAUACUGUACUAAAUUAUUACCCUCUAUAUCUGUGGUACUGAUGUUCACAGGAAACCCAAUCGUUCCUUCAUCGCGUGCCGCUGUUAGUGAAAAAUUCAAAUGACAAAAUUUUUAUAAAGUAAAAUAAAAGAGGAAAAAUCGAAUGUAAUUUUUUUUUGUUACAGGCUAUCUAUAACUAGCGAUUGAUUUGACGGAAAAAUCAACCCGUUUAGUAGAAUAAAUCUUUCAUCAUACCGAGGCAGUGUCAAAACUCCACAUCGGUAAACAAAAUCAAAAUAGGAGUUCAACUUACAAUUGCAAUAGAACUAGCUGCUGUAGAUCUUACUUUUGAUUGCCGUCGAAAAUCGACACAAAAUUAUAAAUCUACUGAAACACUAUGAAUUCUAGAAGUAGAAUGAGAGUGGACCGCAUAAGUUAUAGAACAUAGAAAAAUUAACUAAAGCAAAUGGUAAAAAUUAGAGUGGCUAGUAUAAAAAAUAAAACUUCAUUAGGUCAGGAUGUGUUACUGAUAGAGGAAAAUAAUUGCUACUUGGAGCGUACGUACGCGAACGGCACCGCUUACAAAUUUACCCACUAAUAUUCUUUUGUUCGUUUUGUGGAAUGCAAAAAAGACACAAUGAGUAAACACUAAGCAAAUAGAGGAGAAUGAGAGUAUUUCUGUUGUGAAACAUUUAUGAUAGCGAUUAUACAGUAUAUUAUACAUCUACAAGCAUAAUAGAUAUCAUGAAAUAAAGAUAUAAAUAUAAUCUGUAGUGUAUUAUGGA